UCGCAGGCCGGCCAGCAGGAUCCCCGCGACUGUGGAGAUCUGGGCCUCCGCACCCCGGGGGGAGCCUUUCACGAGAUCGGCCACGUCUUUGUUGUGUAGGUUCCUUGAAUUUUGGUCCAUUAACCAGCUAUUAGACACGCACUUGCCGACUGCCCGCUGUGUGCUGUGCGCUAAAAGUGCUGGGGUGCAAUCUCGGUAAGGUACGUUCUGGGCCCCCCAGAGCGUCUUGGCUACCGGCGUAUCCUGUACAUCCACGUGCAUUCACCAAGAGUCCACGGUGUGUGUUCAAUACCAGCCUUUAAACUCAGUAUGGAUGAAGCUCUGCCAGGUCCCUCUUCUGAGAGUGGAGACAAGCUUGCGAGAGUGAAGCAGGAAGAUCCCGCAUGGGAGCAGAUGUGCUCACGUGAGCGCUGCUCCCACAGUCAGGAGAUUUGCCGCCUGCACUUUCGGCGGUUCUGCUACCAGAAAGUAACUGGGCCCCGGGAGGCACUGUCCCAACUCCGAGAACUUUGCCAUCAGUGGCUGAGGCCAGAGACACAUACCAAGGAACAGAUCCUGGAGCUGCUGGUGCUGGAGCAGUUCCUGACCAUCCUGCCUGAGGAGCUCCAGGCCUGGGUGCAGACAUAUCAUCUGGAGAGUGGGGAGGACGUGGUGACUGCAGUGGAGAAUCUGGAGAAAGACACAGGAGACACGGGACAGCAGGGACACGACAUGAGCCUACAGGUGGCAGAAUCUCAAGGAACCUCUUUGGAAAGUCAGAGCCUUCAGGUCCUGCCCAGGAUAACUACCUUGAAGUGUGAACCUCCAGACCUGCCCCAAAAGAACUCUCAAGAAGUGAGUGGGCUUGCUUCUCAGGGAACAGCCCCCCUCCAGGAAGAAAAUCCCAGAGACAAGGUAGAAGUACCUGAGUCUAAUUCAGCCAGCUCCCAGACAUCAGUGAAGACUGAAGCAGCAGCAACCCAGGUCCUUGUCCCAGGGGAGUGGCCACCUCUGAGUAGUGUGGCUCAGAGGAACUAUUGUGGCAACUCAGUUCAGGAGAAGGUUACAGACUUCAAUCUGAUGACUGAAGAAGUUGUAACUAAAGAUGGAUUGUUUAAUGCAAAGCAAGAAACUUCUGAAGAAAUGGAACAAGGUUCUGAGGCCUCAGGAAUACCCAACAGAGACUGGGCACCCCAGGUACCUUGUAGUACUCCUGUUCCUACUGAGAGGACAGUUGCUCAUUUGAAUACUCUGAAGGACCGUCACCCCAGUGACCUGUGGGCCCGGACACACAUCUCAACCUUAGAAUAUGCUGCAGGAGACAUUACUCGAAAAGGGAGAAAAAAGGACAAAGCUCGAGUGAGUGAAUUGCUCCAAGGCCUUGCAUUUUCUGGGGACUCAGAUGUGGAAGAAGAUAACGACUCUGAGACUCAGCCUGCUCAAAAAAAGCUAAAGAUGUCAAAUGUCCCAGGGAAGAAUUGGACCAAAAGAGACAUUAAACCCAACUUUCCAAGCUGGCCAGCACUGGAUUCUGGACUUUUGAAUCUCAAGAGUGAAAAGUUGAAUCCAGUAGAGUUGUUUGAAUUAUUUUUUGAUGAUGAAACAUUUAACUUGAUUGUCAAUGAAACCAAUAAUUAUGCCUCUCACAAAAAUGUCAGCUUGGAAGUCACAGUUCAGGAAAUGAGGUGUCUGUUUGGUAUCUUGCUUUUAAGUGGAUUUGUGAGGCGUCCCAGAAGGGGAAUGUAUUGGGAAAUCUCUGAUGCUGAUCAGAACCUUGUUGGAGAUGCAGUUAGAAGGGACAGAUUUGAAUUGAUUUUCUCAUACCUUCAUUUUGCAGAUAAUAGCCACCUAGAUCAAAAAGAUAAGUUUACAAAACUGAGGCCUUUUAUAAAGCAAAUGAAUAGAAAUUUCCUCCUAUAUGCUCCCCUGGAAGAAUACUAUUGUUUUGAUAAGACAAUGUGUGAAUGCAUCGAUAGUGACCAAUUCGUGAAUGGGAAGCCUAUUCGAAUUGGCUAUAAAAUCUGGUGUGGUACAACCACACAGGGUUAUAUGGUUUGGUUUGAGCCCUAUCAAGAAGAAUCAACUGUGAUAGCAGAUAAGGAUCUCGAUCUUGGUUUAGGCGGAAAUCUAGUGAUGAAUUUUGCCAAUAUUCUUUUAGAGAGAGGUCAAUAUCCCUAUCACCUUUGUUUUGAUAGUUUCUUUACAAGUGUCAAACUGGUGGCAGCCUUAAAGAAGAAAGGGGUGAGGGCAACAGGAACAAUUCAUGAGAACAGGACUGAAAAAUGUCCCCUCAUGAAUGCAGAACACAUGAAAAAAAUGAAGAAGGGAUAUUUUGAUUUCCAAGUGGAAGAAAAUGAUGAGAUAAUUUUGUGUCGUUGGCAUGGUGAUGGCAUUAUCAGCCUGUGCUCCAAUGCUGUAGGCAUAGAACCAGUUAAUAAUGUAAGUUGUUUUGCCAAUGAUGAUGAGGUCACUCAGAUAAUUCAACCAUCAAUAGUGAAAUUGUAUGAUGAAUGCAGAGAAGGUGUAGCUAAAAUGGAUCAAAUCAUUUAUAAGUAUAGGGUGAAAAUAAGAAGCAAGAAAUGGUACUCAGUUUUGGUGAGCUACAUAAUUGAUGUAGCCAUGAACAAUGCAUGGCAUCUACACAGAGCCUGUAACCCAGGUACCUCUCUAGACCUCUUGGAUUUUCGGAGAUAUAUUGCACAUUUCUACUUGGAGCAGAAGGCUAACCUGUCAGAUUAAGGCAGAUAAAACAGAUGCACUGCAGAUACCAAUAAGACACAGAAAAGUCACAAGUACGCAUCAGACUGUACCCUCUGAAAGCAAACCUGAUGUUUGCAAUGAAAUUAGUAUUUUUUAAAAUCAGACAUUUAUUGUUUCAAAUACUAUCAUAACAAGUAAUAUUAAAGUUUACUUAUAAAAAUGUUGAACUCCAGUGGUACGUUUUCUAUGUGUAAUUUGGGUGUCAUAUGUGGAAAUCAUCUAUUUGUUGAAUUGGUUAUUUUGUGCAUUUAAAGAAUGAACUGACUUUU